AUGAAAAAGAGACAGACAAACUAUAGGGAAAGAGGCCAGCUAGAGGAAAGAAAAAGCCUUGGCGCGUUAGAAAAGAACCGGCACUUCCUGGAAAGAAGCCGCCACGUGCAAGAGAGAGAAGAAAAAAUACAAAAUAUAAAGAAAUUGACUGCAGAGGCAAAUCCAGACGAGUACAGGCACUUCAUGAAAACGCACAAAAGAAAAGGGAUUAAAAUCGUAAAGAGAGAAACCGCAAAGGAAAAAGGCCCUGCAAUGCCCCAGCCUGAAGAAACGCCUUUCCAGGAAGAGGCACUUUCAAGGCCCCAGAGAAUCGUAUUCACAGAGUAG